GCAAGGCUCCCGGCAAACCGGUAGUGCCUUGGGGAUAGGGAAACCAGCAAACUACGUCACAAAAAAGUACCGUGUUCGUCGACGCCUCCGGGCUGCAUUGGAGCACGUCCAUGAUUCGACCGAAAAGACGGCGGACUGCUUGGGCGGAUGCCUAUGGGAAGUGAGCACUGCGAAUGACGGACGACGAGUUGAUGAUGUGGCAGCCAGUCAGAUUGGCAAGUGAAUGCAGGCGGCUUCGAUGUAUCGGCCUUAAGGAUUGGCGGUCAGAGGCAGCCAUCUGCAGGGGGCCUAUCACAUCACCACCGCCACCUCACAGGGCAGGGCAAUCGACUUCCUGUCGUUCGUGUCCGACUUUGCCUCGACAUUGGACUGAGGAGUUUUUGACGGUUGAUGUUCCGAGGGAGAAGAGAUGUGGAGAAGCAACGGCAGCAAGGCAGAUCGGUCGAAGCAUGAGGCAUGCGAGGGGACAGAGUUGGUCGGUCGGUCUGCUCCAGACUGCGUCUGUCUACUCGAUAGACCGAGCGAGGAUCAGUUGGGUCGAGGUCCAGGUGGGCAAUUGCAGCCAAUGUUUUCGGAAAACCAUAUCCAACGUAGAAUCAGAUUGUUGCCUGGAAGUAGGCUUGACAUCCGGCACGACGUUGGGUCGGAUGAGUAAGACACGCCAUCUCCUGCACGCAGGAGAGGCAUCCAUCUACUUGUCCUCUUCAAGCCAAGCCGCUUGUCCAUGAGAUCAGUUUCUGUCUCCUUUGUUGAUCUAACUACCUAGGUAGGUAGUUACGUUACCGAGAAGUCGGAAC